AUGCACGCCAAUGGCAACAACACGGUCGGCAACAAGGCAAGGCAAGCUGCCAGGCGGAUUUGCAACAAUUGGAAAUGUCAGAUGCGCAUCUACGACCAGUCCGUUCAAGACGAACCUGACGAGUCUGUUCUUCUCAACAUUUUCUGGCCGCAAAACGACAUGCCAGAUGCUAGCUGUGGCGACGUGAUCAUUGUGUUCUCAGCUAGAGUUCAACGCUUUGAAGCUUCAUACUCACUAGUCACCCACAAAACAAGUGACCUGCACGUAUAUGAGUCUGCCAGAAUACCAAGAGCUCGGGCCGAUGCGUCCAAGGCUCGCCGGCUGUCAAACAGAACCAAGAUCAAUCGUCAACCAAGCAAGGCUGAAAAUGAGUUUGUCAGCGUCCUGUACGACACCAUCAACAAAGAGAGACUUCCGUCGGACUCUGAGUUCAACGUCAUGAAGCGAAACUCAGUCAACGUAAAGAAAAAGAACAAGUUCUCUGAGCUAAAGGACUUGCAGGACGGCAUGUUUGUUGAUGCAGUAGUAGAAAUCGUCAAGGAGCCGUACGACUUGGGCGACAAAUUCACCUUGUGGGUUUCAGACUACACCGAGCAUCCAUCAUUCUACCACUUCAAGUUUUCGGGGGCUGGCUCUUUGGAGGGCGGAGACGACGGGCUGGAUGGUGACAGCAACAUGUCACCCGGCACUCCACAGAAGUCCGAGUCGAAAGGGCCAUUCGGGAAGAUGAGUAUGCAAAUCACCUGUUUUGAGCCGCACGCGUCAGUCAUCCGAGAUAAACACCUUUCAGUAGGCACUUGGAUCUGCCUGAGGAAUCUGCAAGUCAAAUUCGGUCACAGCACGGCCAAUUUGGAAGGGUACCUCAGAGAAGAACGGGGAGUCCAAGGGAUCAAGGUCAACAUCUCGAAACUAAAUCACCUCAAUGGCAGUAGGCUGGGCCCCGAGCUGAAAAGCGCCCUUGACCGAAAGGAAGCUUACGAGAGGCGGAGAAAGAAAGAUCUCGAAGCCCUUCAGGAAGCCGCCAACGCAGGACUGAAACGCAGGGCACAGCUCGGCACGGGUCCGGAACCGAGUGUCACGCCCGUCAAAACUGCAAAACAGAGGAGAACGGAAAGUCGACUCUCUAAACAAGUAGAAUAUGGCCGACAAAACGACUUGGCAGGCAACGCUUUGCCACCUCAUGAUAAACCCACAGAAGAUGUCCCAGAAGACCUCAACAGACAAAUCAAGUGCGAAAACGGAAGUAAGGCCGUUACGUCCGUCGCAGACAUCCUAGCUCCCGCGUAUCAUGAAGCCACGAUACAAGGAGACACUAUCAAGAUCCAACUGCCGUUUAUCAACUCCAAUUAUCGCACCUACGUCCGUGUAACGGACUUCAUGCCCUGCUGUCUCGAAGACUUCGCACGACCCAAAAGGAGAAUCGCUGGAUCUGCCGCGCUCUCAGACAACGAAGACUCGGCCCCUGAAUCAGCUUCGGGCUCGGACGACGAUACACAUACGCCGUCAGCGCUUACCAAGGUCGUGACAGAAUGGGAGUGGCGCUUCUAUCUAAAGCUAGAAAAUGCGACGCGUAAUGAAAGCGCCAGGGACUCCAUCUGGGUGGUGGUCAAUAACCAAUCCGCCCAGAUGCUCCUGAGCCUGGACGCGUCUGAUUUGAGAAACGACGAGAAAAACCUCAGUUCUUUACGACUCAAGCUGUGGUCGCUAUGGGGAAACCUCGAAGAACAAAAGGCCAUCAUGACCCACGGCCCGAUGAGAGCAAGACACUUGGAGAAUGGCGACGCCCCCCCGGGGCACUCAGAUGACGACGAAGAAGCCGUCCUGAAGAACCGUGCACGUGAACAAGUCUGUAAUUGUUCUUUUGGAUGUUGCAUCCGCCAAUAUGGUGUCACAGUCGCGGAAGAUGACGAAACAAUGGCCGAUGCUGGAAACGGAAAACGUUGGCUGAGAAUGUUUGCUCUGUUCGGGACAAGGAUAUCCGGCUGA